AGGCCGUGCGCCGCAGCGUGGAAGGAGGGCAGCUCCUGCGGCCAGUCGCCGCCGAUAGUCGCGACUUGGGCGCCGUAGCGGGUCGACAGGAGCGGCUCUGUGCGCCAUGGACAGCCGGUGCUACGGGUGUGCGCGCAAGUUCGGCGUCUUCAAGAAGGAGUGCGGCUGUGCGAGCUGCGGCCGGGCCUUCUGCUCCAGCUGCCUCAGCUUCAGUGCUGCCGUGCCCCGCUGUGGAAGUGGCCCGCAGAAGGUGUGCAAGGAGUGCCACAGAAAGCUGACAGGACAGGAACCUCAGAGCAGUUCAGCAAAAUGGUCACCACCAGAAAACUACAAGAAGCGUGUAGCAGCUUUUGAGGCUAAGCAAAACCAGAUGAAAGGACAACAGAAGGCAGCUGCCAAAUCCCCAGGUCAAGCUGACUCCAGAUACCAGGGGCUCUCAAAAGAGGAUAAAGCCAUUGCAGAGAGACUGCAGAAGCUCAGAGAGGAAAGGAAACCCAAGUCCAUCCCUUCUCAGGCUGAGAUCGAAGCUAGGUUGGCUGCACUGAAGGAGGAUUACCGGGGACCUGUUCCAUCCAUGCAGGAAAUGGAGGACCGGUUGGCUGUCCUGCAAGGGAGAUAUCCUCCUUCCCAGGCUCCCAGACCAGUAUAUCGACCCCCUGAUACCAGAAGUCUGACGCAGCAAACAGAUGACCUGUUAACUCAGCUGGCUGAGGAAGUCGCCAUUGAUGAGCAUUACAGUCCAGGAGCCCAGCCUCAAGCUGUUAGUAGCCAAAACUUGAAUGACCUCAAUCGGGAAAGUGGAGAUUAUGCUUGCCAUGCAAGUCUGAACCCAAAACAGCUAGAAGAAGAGAAGUAUAAACUACUGGCAGAGGCUGCUGCUGAGCUGCGAGAUGAAAACACUAGGCAGGAAAAGAUCUUACAAGUUGCUAAGAGAUUGGCAGUGCUCAGAGGUCAGGACCCAGAGAAAGUUACAUUGGAAACUUAUAAACUCCCUGACAGUGAUGAAGAAUUGGAUGAGGAGGAAGCUGUUCAGAGAGUGCUAAAACAGCUCACAGAGGAAGUGGCCCUGGAUGAAGCAAGUGGAUUCAACAUUCCUUCAGAUCAGACCACCCAGCCAGGACCCUCAAAACAGAACUUGCAUAAGAAAACAAAGCAAAAGAGCCAGACUCCAACCAACACAGCUCUUACCAAGGCAGAUGACAGUGACGAGGAUGAAUUACCCUGGUGUUGUAUCUGCAACGAAGAUGCCACUUUGCGCUGCCAUGGCUGCGAUGGGGACCUCUACUGCCAGCGCUGUUUUCAGGAAGGCCAUGAUGAGUUUGACCUGAAGGACCACCACGCUUCCCAGUAUCAUCUUCCUCGCAAGUAGAGGUGAUCACAUUCUUCAUGGGCAGAAAAGGAGAUGGAGAACAGGAAAAGAGGGAAUCGGCCAGAUGGGAAGACUCCAACUGGAUUUGCAGCCAAAAUGGGUGAUGUUUUGGACAGUAAAAGGAUGUGCUGUAAUCUGGGAGAGGCUUGGAGGGCAUGUAUCUUUGUCCUCACAAACGCAACCAGAAAAGUGCUGGGUUGGCCAUGCCUGUUUGGGAUAAAUAAGGACUUGAUGUGAGGAGGUGGAUAUGCAUCUAUAUAUUUAUAGAUGAAAUAAGGCGAUGUGGGUAGCAGUAAAGAUGUAUGGUUAAGGCAGUGCUGGCUGAUAAGUAACGUCCUGCUUUUGCUAACUUACACAUUGGUUCACAAGGCAGCAAAGCACUUUGCACUAAGUAACUGUCUACAUCGUGGUCAUGUGUGAUGAGAACUUCAAAAACAUAAUAAAAACUAUUUACAGAGGCCUGUGUUUAAAGUCUCUCCUGGCAAUGCCUGAUAGCUCUUUACAAAAUGUCACCCUCCUGUGAUAUCUCAGUCCUUCUGUCAAGUGGUUCAGGGAAAGACAGGAUCAAGUCAGAAAAAAUGUUUCUGUGGUGUUGCUGGGAAGACGCAGAGGAGUUGCAGAGGAGCAAUGAUUACUCUGCCUUGAUGAGCAGUGUUGCUCCUGUACUUGAAAUGAAGGAUGUUUGUAAAGGUAAUCUGCUACAAAUGCACUGCAUUGUGCCUAAAUUCCACAUUGACUGCGGUGGCAGUGCCUAAAUUCCACAUUGUCUGUUAGCAUGUUAGUCUGGAAGAGUUGUGUGUUAAUAUUAAGAUGGGGCUUGGCUCUGCUGAUCCCAGUAGAAUAAAGAUGCUACUUAUAGCCAGAUAAGCAGCAUCAUAUGAGAGAAACUCUGUUUAAUUUGCUUAUAUCCCUCCUAGGAGAUAGUUCAGAUGCACAUGACACAUGCCAGUGGCUACAGCAUCCAGAAUUGCUUGAAAUACCUUUCCUGAAGUCAGCUGUAAUUGGUAUGAGCUCUUCCCAGGACUAUAAUGUGACUUCUGAGACAGCUGUCUAAGGCUGACAAAUUCUAGGAGUGUCAAAAAAUAAAAAAUCAAGGAUUUACCUUUGACAGAGAGUUUCCAGUGAAUCUUGCCUGUCUGGUUUGACUUUGCCACUCCCAGCUGUCUUCCCUGCCCUGUGCUGAAGGUCACUGCUUCUGUAGUGUGUGGAAGAAGUUUUGAUGAGCUGCUGAGAAUUGUAUUCAGUGCUCCCCAGCCAGCAUGGAAAUUCCUAGAAGAAACUAAAGGAACGAUGUCUUGUCCUGUUCCCAAUGUUAAAAUGCCAUUUAAGAAACAGGCAAACAUGCAACUUAGCUCCCUGCUUUGCAUGUAGAUGUGGAAGGAGUGGAAACUUCAAACCACUGGUACAAAGUUCACAAACUUGGUGAUGUGUCACAAUAACAGCUCUACUGCUUCCUGUUGCCACCAUAGCCUCCUGCCCAUUUCUGCUGCCUGCCCCACGUAGGGCAAAGCAAACCGUCCCUCUUGUUGUUUCCUUGUUUAACCUGUAAAGCUCCAUGUUGUGGACUGCAAACCAUGCUGAAGCUGUGCCAAUUCUAGAAGGAAGUGGCUGGCAGAGAAGGGGGUGGAACAGAACACAUGUAGGACUAAUGAUAACCUGGAGCAGGGGUUGAGAACUGGAAGACCAGAUAGAUGAGCAGUUAAUGGAGAUAAACCCCAACUACUUUGCUGACACAGCCAAGGACUAUGAACCAAACUGGACCAUCUGGUUGUUCCAAGACAAAGUGACUAGUACAAACUUUACCAUCUUCAUGGUAAGUAACAUCACCGUAAAGGACUGUGCAGCUUUUCUUCACCCAAAGAGGAUAGCUACAUAUCCUUGUAAUUAGGCAAAGUCACCAGAGGUAUUGCAAUUUGUUAUGGUUUGUGCUGUGUGAAAGCCCAGCUUCCUCCCUCCAGCGAUCAGUUUGUCUGCCACAGCAUACUCUGGAGGUAAAUGCUUAGGAUUGUACCUUUGUAUCAGUCCCUUCAGAGAAAACCAGUUUGUUUCCUCUGUCUAGUUUCAGCGAAUAGGCUGCUGUGGCCUUUCAAGAGGACUGGAUUAAGAUUUCAAGGGUGAAAUUAUAUACUUUUGCCAAUGAGGCAGCAAUAUCCAGUUGUAGUUAUCAAGAAGCAUACUCUCAGCAAGACACUUUCACAGUUGCUGAAUCAUUAGAGCAAAGUGUUUUCAGUUCUCUCUCUGGGAAAGCGGAGUUCUUGCCCAAGAUCUGAAGCUUAGACACACUGAAAACCAUUUCCCUGUUGUCAGCCUUGUCUGCCAGACCCAUGUUAGGAGACUAUCCACAGUGCUCGUUAGUUUAAUUUUGAUGGGAGUAAUGCACUGAUCUCAUUUUCUGCAUGUUCAUCACUGUACAGCUACAUAUAAAGGCUGGACAAGACAUUUAGUAACAUCUGAGCACAAUAUUCAUGUGCAAAGCACAGGACUGAAGCAGGAGUAGGGGACCUUAUUUUGCACACAGCGGUGUGCAGCAAAGGUAAUUGCUGUGUGAUGCACGCAUUACUCUGCAGAGUACUAGGCUGUGCUCCUUUGAAUGCUGUGAGUUCUUUAACUCCCUAACUCAAACCAGGACCUGUAAUGAUUGCAGGGUGGGGGGAAGCAUGUGUUAAACUGACCUAAAGGGCCACUGCUAAACAAUUAUCUGCCCAGUCCGAUCUCAGGGUCAUGCUACAUUCUUGUCAUCCAUACACUAGAGUUUUUUAAGCUAAAAAUGCAUUUAAUUAAUGGCAUACAAGAUGCUUAUUUUAAUUGUCUAUACCUUUUCUACACUGAGGACCAAGUAGCAGCUCAGUGUGGUCACCUCAGGAUGUCAAAAACAUGGAAUAAACUUUGGCUGCACAGCAAAAUCAUUCAUCUGCUCUGCUGUUCAACCUUCAGCUCAGCUAUGUAGAGCUGAACAUAUUUUUAUAACAUAUCAGAACAAAUGUACUAGUACCUCCCAUUGGAAAGUAAACAAAUAUGCAGUAUCAUGUUAGGCAAAGUAAUGUCCUGGCUAUUCAGCCAAGAAGCAACAAACACUCUUAGAUCACAGUGUAAUUUAUAUAUUAAUGGUGCUUCACUCACCUCUGUCGGGCUAGAGCAUUCAUGGAGGAUUUCCUGAAAGACAAGGAGGAGUCAUUUUAGAGUUUUAUAAAUUGACCCUUCCCUCGAGCUACAAAAAGGACAUACAAUAUUACUGUACUUGGCAGUCUAAAAGGCACAGGGAAGCAGCAUGUAACACAGCAUGUAUAUGUUCUGCAGCCCAAACACCACUGCUAUGUUGUAUUACGACAGCAGUCCCUAACUGAAAGCCACCAAGUCCCUCUAUCUGACCUGUAGUUUUAGUUUCUGUUCUUCAUUAGGGACAUCCAGGAGAUCUUCAAGAUCAAUUUCAGGUCCAUGAACUUGUGCCUCUGUUUUCUCUCUCAGCUAAAAAGAAAAAAAAA